UCACCUCAGCAGCCUAUGCUGUUCUGUUCAUGAUUUGUCUUGAGCAAACCAAGGCCUUGUGAUCCUCAACAAUUAUAUAGUUUUAAAUUAGUGCUAAUAAUACAUGUAUUUCUUUAUUUCUUCUCCUUUCUUUAAUAUAUCUGCAUUGCUGGACCUGUCUCAGGCAUCUCCUCCACAAAACUUCAAUCACAUUGGUCAAGGCACUGGGAUUUCUUUCGCAUGCCUCUACCCUCAUGCAAUAGCGCCUCGAUUUCCGUGUCUUCAAGAGAGAAUCUUAAAUUCCACAACACUUCUGUUACAUUGUAUUCUUCUAUUUAAUCCCCAACAGUAUGUACUGACCACCCUGAUGGGGAAUAUGAGAGCAGAUUAGCAGAUUAGCAGAGUCUUCAUCAAAUUAACUCACCCUUGUCCUGUCCCUUAACUUGCCUUCAAUUUCUCGCCUUUCCUUCUGAGAUCCCCUUUUGUUCUCUCGUCUUCUUCUUCAGAACAAAUUUUCGGUGCCCUCGGCUCAUACAAUUCUAGCAGAUUGUAGAGAACAAAACAAAAAAAUGUUGAAUCCUGAAGAAAUUGAGAGAUGAGGAAUAUGCUUUGCGUCUUGCCGGGUCAAUGUGGAGAGGAAUGAAGAUACAAGUCUGAGUUCAAAUUUCCUACGAAGAAGACUUAACUGUGUAGCACUCGUUCAAAGUUCUUUUACUCAGAGGCUAAGUAGAUUACCGAUGGAGAAGCUUGUUAGGUCCUGCGACAAAGAAUACAUGAGGAUGGCCAUGUUAAAACACGAAGAAACCUUCAAAGAGCAGGUAUAUGAACUACAUCGUUUGUACCGAAUUCAGAAGAUACUGAUGCAAAAUAUGGAAUCCAGAAGAGGUGUUGAAGUAAGCGAAGAAGAGUGGUACUUCAAGAAUGCGAUUAGUUUAACUCAUAAAGGAGCACAAGAAAAGCCUCAAAUGAAAUUUGACCUUGAACGGCCAGCAGAGGAGCACAUUGCAGAAUCAGAAGAUGGGGUGCUAGAGAUCAUAGAUGAGACUGAGAUUGAGCUAACAUUAGGCCCCUCAAGUUACAACCGUAGGAAGAAAGUCGAGACACCACUAACUUCAGAUUCAGGACACAGCUUGUCUUCUUCUUCUAGUGGAUCAAGCCGUAUAAACAAGACAAGAUGUCAUGGCAGUCAUACCACAAGAGAAGAAUCAAGUGGAAGCAUAAUUCGCCUUGUCCAGAUGCCCGGUUCAAACCCAGGGUGCCAAAGUGGAAUUAGAAACAGUUUUGAUGUAGAAGAACAAUUAAGACAAGAGAGAUUAAAACAGUCACCUUGGCUUUUUCAAGUGUUGAAUCUGAACAUGACUUGAAAAGAAAAAUCUGUGGUCAAUGUGAUAUAUUUUAUGUUUAUGUUUCAUGAGUUAAGACUAACUUUUGUGGAUGAUGUUUGUGUUGAAUGUUCAGCCGAAUUAUUGAAUGUGGUGGGAUUUGAUGUGUCUA